GGUGAUUGGCUAUUACUCUCCUCGCAGCAGACUACAUGGGGGUCUUGGCAACGAACGAGGAGGGAGGGGAUAUUUUAAUGGCUGCCAGUAGCGCUACAGAUUGCAAAAAGUCCGGAUUAUCCACUGUAUUUAGACUUCAGUAGCCGAAGGAGGUAUCCGGUCGCACUUCUUCGGUGUCGACAGUUAUUCUGGAUGUAUAUUCGUGUUGAAGUUGCAUUCGUAGAGCUGUUGCUUGUGCGCUUCUCGGACUUUACCCGCUUGAUUUGUGCGCGAGUGGGAGAUCAGGCCCGGCCGGCUGGCUAAAAAACAAGCGGACGCUUAGCUAGUCUGUGGAGUUGAAAGGUAACAGUAUGUUCUUCUGCUCUUUUCCGCGCUAUGUCUCCUAAACGUUUCCAAUUUUUUAAGUUGCACAUGUUAAAGAGCGUGGCUCGUAUUUAAAAACUAAAACUUAAACCUUUCACGCAGUCGGGUGAGAAAUGUAAACAUAUGACCAACGUUAGCUCAGGUUAGCAGUUGAGGAGCUAACGGCUAAUUGCUAAGUUUACAGUAACUUUGCAGACUGGAGUAGGCCUAGCUUUUGUAAACCAACACAGUUAAGUCAACUGUACUGCAUGCAUGGCGUUAGUUUGUGUGUUUUAAAGCUUAUUCAUUUUUAACUAAAAGUCAUCCAUGUCGCUUCCGCUCACUAUUAUUUUGAUCCUAUUCGACCGACAGCGCCACAGCUUGAGCUAACGAGCUAGCUAUGCUAAUAUUCUGUGCUAACAACCAGUACUUGACACAUGACCCGGGAGCUAAUACUAAGUUAAUUCUUACAGCCUCUUCUCUGGAUUGUUAAAAAAGCUCUCCUCUUUCUAAUCUUAAUCUUGAUCGUCAUUCACGCUCACCAGCUUCGAUUCUUACCUCGUUUAACCUGUGCUCUAGCUGACAUAUGUUAGUAUUUUUUUAACGCUGUUUUCGAUGUUGAAUGCUCAAUUACGUUGUGUCUCUUUUAACAGGGAAUAUGUAACAUAAAGCAACCAUCAUGACAUCCAGAUUUGGUAAAACGUACAACCGUAAGGGAGGCGAAGCUAACUCUAAAUUUGAAGAGGUCUUCUCUAAUAAAAAGCCCACGCUGACCACCAAAUGGGGAGAGACCACCUACAAGGCACAGCUGGGGGCUAAAAGGACCCUUGUUAAACCUGACGUGUCUGAGCUGACCAAGAGGCCGAGGCUUGAAGACAGUGACAGUGAAGAGGACCCAUUUGGAUUUGACAGUGAUGAUGACUCCAAGACCGAGACCUCUCAUGGUGUGGUGCAGGCAGAAGUCAAGGAAGGUGAUGUGAUAAAGAAGACUGCAGUGCAGGGCACGGCCACACUUGUGACUUCCACACAGAAAUCUGCCACUUCAGCAGCCCUUGCUACAAGUAAGUAAUUAAUACUUUCUGAGCAACCCUGUUGUUGUAUGUCAAAACAGUUUAUUAAAUCUCUCUCCCCCUAUCUCUCUGUAUUCCUCCCCAACCCACGGGCAGCAGCCUGGUGAGUCUGGUCCUACCCAAGGUUUCUGCCUGUUAAAAGGAAGUUUUUCAUUGCCACUGUUACUCAUGUUAGAUGAAAUGGGCCAAAUCCCAUCUUAGGUUGGGAUCUUGAUAAUUCAUCAAACAAUGAGUGUCUUUGUCUUUGGAAAGCAUCUUGGGAUGACGACUGUUGUGAAUUGGCGCUAUAUAAAUAAAAUUUGAUGGCGCCAAUUCACAACAGUCAUCAUCCUAAGAUGCUUUCCAAAGAAAAAGAGCAGGUCUAGACCACGCUCAUUGUUUGAUGAAUUAUCAAGACCCAACCUAAGAUGGGAUUUGGCCCAUCUCAUCUAACAUGAGUGACAGUGGCAACGAAAAAAACUUCCUUUUAACAGGAAGAAACCUUGGGUAGGACCAGACUCAUGCUGGACAGCCACUAGGCUGCUGUUGGGUUGGGGAGGAAUACAGAGAGAUGAGGAGAGAGGGCAGGGGGAAAGAAAGAGAACAAGAGAGACAGUAGGAGACAAGGGUGAAAGAGAGAGACAGGGGGCAGCAGCAACAUUAAAACAACAGCAACAAAAGCUCAUGUACUGAUGAAACUAAAUUCCCCAGUUUAUAUACCACCUGCUGUGUAACUUUUUGUGUCACAUCUUUUAUAUUUUUGUUUCUUAUGACUGCUUUAUCAUCAACAUUUACUUUUUUAUUCAUGGUUUAGUAACUUUUAUGGCACUGCUCUGUUUGAUUGUCUGAAUUCUUCUUUUUCAUUCACAGCUAAGCAAACAACUGAGGUGAAGGUUGUCAAGAAUAACCAGCCCUGGUACAAAAGUACAUCAGAUAGCAACCAAAAAUCUGCAUGCACGGCCUCUUUGUCAAACACAGUCCCCUCUGUCGAUCAGAACCUCUCUGUGUCUCAGAGGCCUUUUUCUUCCUCUCCUAGCAUAGACACUACCCUUAAAUUGACCACUGAUGCACCGAGUGGUAGCAGAGACUUCCAGACCUCUUCCUCCUCUUAUGAUGGACUGCAAUCAGAGGAGAUGACAAACGCUGAUCAAGAGCCUCCACCAGAACCAGUGGACAACAUUCCCCCUUCCCCAUUUACCCUAAGAUCCUCAAACUGCAAGAAGUACCAGCGGCCCAGUAGAUCUAACAAAACAUCCUCUGAAGCAGCUGGAAGCAACAGCAGCCAGCCCACAGAAACGAGUGCCCAAGAUAAACCCAACAGUGUCCUUUCUGCUAGUGCAAGUAGUACUGCUGCCAAUACCAAACCAGCAGCCAAGCCUGCAGGCAGGGGCGGAGGGAGGGUACGGGACUACACAGUUCUGCACCCUUCAUGUCUGUCAGUGUGCAAUGUCACCAUUCAGGAUUCAAUAGAGCGGAGUAUUGAUGAUCUGGUGACUCCGGCUGCCCCUGCUGACCUGGGAGAAGCAGGUCAGAUGAAAAAGAAGACAGAUGCCCCGCCACCCAAACCUACCAGGUAACAAGUAACAGUCCAAUGUCUCACCUGGGUUUGAUAGAAAAGACACUGAAGACCAUUUUUAAGGUUUUGUAAGUUUUGUGUCAUCAUUUAGAACUUUGUAGCUCCAAGCAGAACAAUGUUUUGGCCAUGCAAACACAUUAAAAUAAGUAAGAUGUAAAUAAUACAUCCCACCUAUGUGCUUUACAGAAGCAUAUCCUUAUCUGUGCACUAAAUUAUUGUGUUGUUUGCCUUCCUGGGCCUCUAAAUAACCACUGUGACUGAAUAGAAACUUAUAUUUUCCAGAUGCUGAAGAGCGAACUGCACAAUGUAUUUUGGCACUAGUUUUUAUAUUGAUGUUAUCAAGUGCAGCUCAUCUUAAUGUCUAUUUUUAAUGCUUUGGCAUAAAGUUACACAUGGUAUUCAUAUACAUCUACCUGGGGAGCUACCAAGGCUUUUACUUAACUUGACAGUGUCACUUGCUGCUGAAGUUUUAGCUGCUGUUUCAGUUGAAUGCAUGCUGAAUUGAAUGCAAGAUCAGUACACUUCUACUGAAAUGUCAGGGUGUGCAAACAAUCUUUUUUUCAGUUUAUCACAGAUUUUAUUCCAAGAUCAUUCCCACAAAGAACAGGUUUGUUCCAUGCAUACCACAAGUAAAACACUUGGCAAGUAACAUUGGCAAUAAAAAGCUUCAUUUUAGCAAACACUGAGCAAAACUAGACACACUGGUUAAUAAGUAGGCCUUGACUUGUGCUCAAAUUAUGUGACUAAGUUCUUUGUUGAAAACAAACUGCAGGGUUACCAAAGAUACGACUAAAACUGAGGUGUAUAUUUAGAUGGAUUGAUACAUUUACUUUAAUUUUAAACACUAAAGCCAGCUCAUUGUCAACUUAAUUAUUAGUAUAAAUAUAGAACAUGGUCCUAUGUUGGUCUUAUUAGUUCAAUUUUUUUGGUGAUUUCUGGUCAGAAACAUUGUGUUUGAAGAGGUUAACUUUUUAUUUUGAUGUCUGAUUUAGUUGAGCCUCACUGAGUGCAUCCUGUUUCCGACUUCCAUUUUCUCAUAAUCUCUUUGUAAAAACUAAAAGAACAACACAAAAUAAAACCGACUGUAUUUUCUCAGGUUCAGACCCACCCAGGCAAAGACCAAGAAGACCAAGACUGAGACCAAGCUUGAGUUUUUUGGCUUUGAGGAUAAAGAGGACCAGGGGAGCGAGGAGGGUCCUGAAGGUGGCAUGGCAGGCAAGAGUAGCUACAAGAUUAAGUACUUUGGCUUCGACGACCUGAGCGAGAGCGACAGCGAUGACGAGAGUGCUCAGGCCAAAGAGAAAAAGGCCAAGAAGGUAGCUGCAGCCCUAGCAGCGCUGAGCUCCGGUGUGGACAGCCCUCAUACCAGCGACUCUCAGGACAGCCAGGCCAGCAGCAAUACAGGUGAAGCUGAUCCUUAACCUAAAGGGACACAGCCUUUUUUUUCAUGUAGUUAUUUUCUAAUCAGUAAAGCUACAACAAGGAUUUUAUUCUGUCUUUUAAAAAGCCUGAGAGAGUAGAACUAAAGAAAUAAUGCGUCCUCAUAUUGAUGUACUGAUGCUUUUUUCUUUCUGUCAACAAUUUUUUUUUCAACAGAUGCUUUUGAUUUCUCUGAUGACUCCAGUCCUGGUGGCACUGAGGGGCAGAGAGGACGCUCAGGAAAACCAGGUGACAAGUCCAAGGAAAGUGGCAGCGGAUUCAAAAAAAUAUUCAGUGGACCCAAAAAGGUGAUCAGCAUACUUGGAAAAUUAACUGUGUAUUUUUUCUACCUUAUUUUCUACCUUUCUGUCUUAAUAAACAUUUACAUGACAAAAUUCCCAGCCUAUCUAAAAAUAGACCUAGGUCAUGGCAGAGAGAAGACCAUCCGAAUGAAAUUGUACAAGAGGGUUAAAAAAAAGCCAAAAUGACUUUAAAAUAUUUGUGUGUUACUUUAAUGUUAUUCUAUGUUGCACAGUUUUGUGAGUGGGAAUUUCAGUUGUAGUCUCGAGGCUUUGAACAGCAAUGCUAAGGGUAGAGGUUAUGUCCUUGUUGAAACCAGCUGAGCUAACCGUCUGUUAAUCUCACCAACCAUGAGCUGGCUCUGGCAACUGAUGGGGUGACUGGAGACAAGACUGAGGCGGUAACUCAAGUGUAAACUUGCAACACUGGAUCAAGUACUGGUUGGGCAAGACAAUAGCUUCUGAGGCUUAAAAUAAACAGGCUGAGGCUCGUAGUUCAAAAGAUUUUAAAAACAAGUUUUAAUUUCUUUUACAUGCUGUUUCAUGAUGUGUAUACUUUUUAGACAUGCAUAUACAUUAAUUUGUUGUUUAAAAACUAGAAUGGCUGUAAUGUCUUGAAUUCAGGGGGACACUGGGUCAGUUGGACUGCUCUCAUUUUACAUUCAUGAUGUGUACAGAGGGAGAGAAAUGAAAGACAAUAGCCAAGUACAAGUAAAGCAAUAUUAUUUACACUUAAAGAUCUUUGAACAAAAAUUUAAAAAUAUAGCUUACAAGCUCUAAAAGUAAAAGUGUCUAACAGUUUUUAGAAAAUGAGGAACUUUAAUUAAGUAUUGAAAAUGCAAGACUAUCAUGUCCACCCAACACCUAUUCUGCUUGCUCCGAUUGGGGAUAAGGGGACAUGGGAGGGGGGAUGGAGCUAACCCCAGCUGUUGUUGGGGGAGAGGCAGUGUACAUAUUGAUACUUUGACAGAGAUGCACACAAUUACAAUUUACAGGCAAUAUUGAGUCCCCAGUUGUUCUAACCAGGCUGUGUUUUGACUGCGGAAGGAAGCCAGAGUGUGUGCACAUGUACGGGGAAACAUACCAAUUUCACACAAGAAAGAUCUCAGCUGUGGUCUGAACCAGGAGUCCGCUUACUGUGUUAAAUGUGCAACAUCGCUGUAUUAACACCCUGUGAUACCAAAGUCGUGUUACAUUUUAGUAGAGAAAAAUAACAUCCAGUAGGUCCAAUAGUCAGCUUCUGUGUUUCAGCACCAUCCUCAAGUAGCCAGAUCAGCUGCCUACUUUAGCUUGGAUCAAGUUUCCCUGUGAACAGUCUGUAGUCCUAAUUUGAACCCUUAUCCUGCAUAAUAGUCAUCCAGUAUGAAGAAGUUCAGUCCAAUAUUAAUCACAGUAACUGAUUUGAUUUGUGGUGUUUUAAGGAGGCCCUCAUUUGCCCUGUUUUUCUACAUUAUGUUUUUCUGUUGCUUUGGGUUAUUUGUGAUCCGUCUCCAUAAUUCUGUGUGUGUGUUCUGCUUUAACAUCAUCAACAAACUGUCUCUGCAAUAUAAAAUCUAGGUACGCAAUGUGUCAUUUUGAUGAAAUGUUUUGUGCUGCUUGGGGUCUGUUGUGCUCCCAACUGAGGCUGCUGCUUUCUUAGUUUAACUUGAUGAUUGUAGUUUGCAAUAUUUAUGUGAUAUGUCAUUUUAAACCACAAACGGAUUACACUAUGUACUAGAAUUGUAAAUGGAGAUAAAUAUUUCCUUAUAGUCUUUUGUUCUCACAGAUUUUGUUGUUUACUGUCAGCAUUGUCUUGGUGUCUUGGGAUUUUUGCAUCUGUUACUGUGACCAACAAAUGAAAAAUGUGUUUGAAACACUAAGCUCUUGUUGAUACCAGCAUUUUUUGAGCUCACAAACAUGUUCGCUGUUUUCUAGUCGCCCGCUAAAGCUGUGUACAACGCUCGCCACUGGAACCAACCUGAGCCCGAAGAGAUACCUGCACCCCCACUGUCUCGAUCUCAAACCGCUCCGGUAAGACAUUACUAUCAUGGAUAUUGUUGGUCCUGUAGUCUAAUAUAAACAAACAAGUUUUUAAGUUCAUGUAAAUGGAAAAAGAAAGUUUUAAGAGCAUGAAUGAGUGAAUUUUUGAUGUUAAAAUAUGUUUGUUUCACACAAAAAAAACAUGUUAACAGUCUAACAAGUUGUUAUGAUAAGCCAAAUGCAAGCAGCAAAUUCAGUUUACAAACAGAAUAGUUAAUUCCCUGCUGUCCACUCUGAGGAUGUUUUUAUUGGUCUCUGAGUAGUCAACAGUUUUGUUUAAUUGCACUAAUUAGACUCUCUCUGUAAACAUGGAGUUAUUUUCCCUGACAAGUAAACCUGAGUUAACUUGUAUAUUCUGCGUUGAACUCCUCCCCUGUGAAAAUUAAUGUUUGUUCAGACAAACUAAUCAGACUCUGGCAACUGGGAUUUGAAACUUGCUCCCAUUUUUUUUUCACUUUAGCACUACCUCGUCCGACAUCUGUUAACAACACUUAAUAAAAACGUGUGUGCUUAACAGACUGUUCAGCUGUGGGUAAUCUGGCAGACAUGUCAUUAAACAGAUUUCUUAACUUCAGCAUGAGCCGUAUUUCUCCACUUCUUUCUUCCCCAGGCCAUUUUAUCCAGCAGCAGCAAGGACAGCAACUCCCAUAAAGAUGACGGCUUGUUCAAAGCCCCUCCACCGCCGCCCAAAGUCAUAAAGUCAGAGACCAUACCCACACGACCCAACCAGGAUAUUGUCACGGCUCUCAAAUGCAGAAAGGAGCACAAAGAGGUGAGUGUGGAAUAGACGGAAAUGUUUUCAGACAUCUAGAGAGAAACAAAGGACAAGGAGGCAGCGACUUCAGCAGCUAGAUAUGUUAAUUUCAUGCUGUAUGUAUUUGCAUGCUGCAGAGUAAUCUCUGUCGUCGAAGGAUGAAACAAUAAAGGGAUAGCGUUUGUUUGUGACAUGUCAUACUCUCUUUUGUUUACAUGAACCCCAGCGUGGGGUUCGAAGUAGCGAAGGGAAAGGUUGCUGUUAAAUUAAACUCCCUUCCAGCUUGUGUCAUUUACAAAUGGGACUUCUGGCCCCAGAUCAGCCUAUUAGCCACAGAGCUCCUGAGGUAAUAUAGCUCUAGCAAAGCUGUUUCCACACAGUUGUGUUAUCUUUAACCCUCCUGUGCCAUGCUGAGAGCACACACAGCACGACUUUUGAUACUGGUAAACAGACCAAGUCAACGGCUGAUCAGGCUCCAAUUCCCCAUGCUGGGUUUUUAUUGAUGAAGGGUAUUAGCACAGUCAGCUAUUGCUGCUAAUGGAACCAAUGGAGAGGCGUUUGAACAAUGAGCACAGCUCCCUUGCUGUAUUUGUGCGAGCUGAUUGUGUCUCUGGACAGAUGCACAGCUUCCCAAUUAACUGUAAUUAACCCCCUUCCCCUUCCGCCAGCUGUACACCGUGGUGCAGCAUGUGAAGCACUUCAAUGAUGUGGUGGAGUUUGGAGAAAAUCAGGAGUUCACAGAUGAUUUUGAGUACCUGGAGACGGGGCUGAAGAGCAGUCAGCCACUCAACACAAGAUGCCUUAGGUAAGUGGAAUAAGACACUUAAAGCAUCAUAGUGCUGACACCAAUGAAAGACAGCAGUGAGUAUACGCUGACACAUUUUCUUUCUAGUAGCAUGUUGAUGAUACUGGUUUGUACCAAGUACCUUCCUAAGCUGAUUGAAUGUUACAAGGGCCUGUCAUCUUAUGAAGAAGGAGUCAUUUUUCAAGCCUGCGAAUAAAGCAACAUGGAACAGCAACUUCCAUUGAUUAACAAUUUGACAUUUGUACAACAAUCCUCAGUUAAAUAAACAAAACAAUAUUAAUUUCCACAACAAGCAGAGAGGUUGAGUGAAUAAAGACAAAGAGAAACAGGCUUUGCCGUUCACAUUCAACCCUCGAACACCGACUCCGACUGUGUGUGAAUCUUCUGGAUGAAGAUCCGCUUCGGUUUGGUUGGUUGGUGAUGCUCUUUGGUUCUCAUUCAUUAACAAAAGUACAGUUUCUCUGAAAUAACACAAGGCAAGAACUACAGAGGCAGUAUCUCCCCUUUUCUAUCUGUGCCUCCACUUUUUCUGUUUACGUAUCUCUCUUCUAUCACUGUCUUUUGUUGGGGUGACUCACAAGAUAAAGCCUGUUUUUCUGUAGUCUCACAGAGCAUAAAGUCAUUCCGCUGUGAAAAUCGAAUCCACUCAGGAGAGACAACCUUAACUUCAGAAAAGUUUUAGGGCGUCCCGCCUUCUUUUCGAAGAUGUUUCUUGCUCUUUUCACUCCGAAAAAAAAGUGCCAAAAAAAAGAAAUAGAAGUUUUCGAAAAGAAACAUAUUGCAGAUAGAAAUCACAAACAGUGAUACUGUUAUGGGAGAAACCCACAUUUCAGUCUCUUUCAUCGUAGCCUUCAGCAGAAGACUGCUGUUGCUGCUUUGACCAAUCAUAUCUGCUAUUCUCCCUCUCUUUCUGCUGCAGUAUAAUCAGCCUGGCCACGCGGUGUGCCAUGCCAAGUUUCAGGAUGCACCUCCGAGCCAGAGGGAAAGUUGCGCAGGUCUUCAAAAUUCUCAGUGAUGCUCCACAACACCCAGUAAGAAAAACUUGUUCAUUUUCUUUUUAAUGACUGUUAAUUAAUUGCUGCUCUAAAUGAAAGUAAGUUUGAAAGUUUGCUGUGGGAGAUUUGUAUUUAUCCAUGCUCUUUAGCUGAUGGUCGUAACUUGUGAAUAACCUAAACAUUCAAGUAAUAAAUGACACCUCACUGACAUCAAAAGAGGUCCUUUGUCAUGCUAGAAGUAGCCCUAUUCUUUGAUUUAACAUGAUAUAAAUAGAUGUAAAUCUGCUCUGUCAUACUGAAGCCCUAAGCGGACAUGGUUUAUUUAUUUUUUUACCCCUGUUUUCUUGAGAUCACGAGAAAACUGUCUCGUAAUCCUGAGAAAGCAGGGGUAAAAAAAAUAAUAAUAAUAACCAUGUUCGCUUUGGGCUUCUGUACUGCUACCUUUAUCGCUUAAACAUGAGCCCGUAACACAAUAAGGUCUUUGCACAUAAUGUCACAAUUUAUUACAUAUGUCAAUUUUAUGUCGUGAACUUUUAUAACAUGCAAAUUUUUAUAUAAUGAGCCGUUAUUACAUAAUGAGUUGCUGCAUCCUCUAAGCCAUGACUGCUAAUGUUGAGGAAGCAGCAGGAAAGAGGCAUAGGUGUCCACAGAGUUCAACAUUGUGGCUGCAUUGCCUCACCUCUGUAUGCCCACAGCUACCCACACUUCAUUGUAAAAUCUGAUCUUUGUUUCUUUGUCAGAACCUUGCUCUGUGCACCGCUGCCCUGAUGUACAUUCUGAGCCGGGAUCGUCUUAACAUGGAUCUGGACAGGGCCUGCCUGGAGCUCAUGAUCAAGCUGCUCGAGCUCGACCAGGACUACUCUGCCCACCAGGACCAGCUCACUGCGAAGGAAGUGGAAAAGGUCAAAGAGAAAAUCAGGAAGCUGUGCGAGACGGUGCACAACAAACACCUCGACCUGGAGAACAUCACGGUGGGUUGUCUGUUUACUGAUAAAAAGUGUUAUGUACCUUCUCAACACACUCUUUAUGGAGUUCAUGAAACUGUUUUCCUAAACAAUUUAACAGAAGCCAUAUUUGUUUGAAAAAGGGCCCCGCUCUGUUACUCUGUGCUUCAUUUUAAUAUAUUUACCAUACAUCUUAUCGUAGAAAAUAAUGUUAUCCGCAUGUUGGCUAAACAUGGUUGUAUAUUUGCCAAACAUUUUUACAUAUUUUUGAUUUUACUUGUGUGAGACCAACAUAGAUGAUCAAUUAAGUGUGGAGAAGUGUCUUCAUUGCUGGUGAAUAUUGUCUAAAAAGCAAAAACACUGCAUACAAAAGAAUAAUUGGUCCUUUAAAGUCCCACUCCGAUAGUUUUUUUUUCUUUUUUUACUACUUAAAGUGUUAUCAGUUGUCUUAAAACUCUGAUUAUGAAGUUUUUAGCCAAAGUCACAUUACCUGUGUUGUUUCAAGGCUUUUCUCAUGCAGAGCUGGAGUAGCUCAUUAGUAAUUCGCCUCUGAGUCGUGGGUGGAGACAACGCUGUUCCGCACGCUUCUCCUCAAAUUAGCUUGCAGCCUAACAUUGCUGGUGUAGUAGAAGAAACAGGUAACAUAGGAGCUAUUCAGCUCUCGUACACCAAUAUCUUUAGGGGCAUAAUGAAAGUUAAUAUCAUGAUUAGCUUUCUUACAAGCAUUGCAAUCCACUAACGUAGACGCUUGUUCUACAAUCUUCCUCUCUAUUUCUCCAAGCCUGGCCUGCAUAGGGGGGCUUGAAUUGGUUACGUUGGAAAUGUACACUGAUCCCACCGGUUGGGUCUGCCAGAGAUUCACAGCAGUUUGAAAGAAAUACUCAGAAAUGCAAUUUCACACUUAGUUUUCUCAUGAUAUGUCCUCUACCAUUAGAAAAAUACCAUAUGAACAUGUAGACAACAAGAAAAACAUGAUUUUCAUCUGAUUGGGUCUUUAACAUCACAGUUUUAUCGUAAAAGUCAAUUUCAAGUGAUCUCACUCUUUGCUUAAAUUUAGUAAUGAGUGAUUUGAAAGUUGUACAAUCCUUAUCAUCCACUUUAUACGGAUAAGAAGCUUCGAGUAUAGAACAUUUAUUUACCACCUAUAUCAGGAACUAAAGACAGAAAUUGUGGUCAGAGUUUAAGAACUGUGCAUUUUUAACUUGUUUUUGUUGUUGCUUUUUGUAGACGGGCCACCUUGCUAUGGAGACAUUGCUCUCUUUAACCUCCAAGAGGGCCGGGGAUUGGUUUAAAGAAGAACUGCGGCUACUAGGAGGUUUGGACCACAUUGUAGACAAAGGUAGGUGUGUGGGAUGCAUAGUGCAAAAGUGGCACUAAGUGGGCGGUUUGCAAGGCUCUAUAUUUAUGUAUAUGUGCAAAGUUCAGCUUUACAAGUUCAAGUGUCACAGCUAUUUGCUUUCAUGUAGUCAUCCAGGAUGUAGUAAUCAAUACUGUGUUUGUGUUGUCUUACUACAGUUAAAGAGUGCGUGCAGAACCUGAGCCAAGAGGACGACAAGGAGAACCUCGUAGGGUCUUUAUGGGGGGCUGAGAGGUGUCUGAGGGUGCUUGAAAGCGUAAGUGCUGUUUUGUAGAGAGUGAAUGUCUAUUACACCAAAUUGUCAAGCUAGUAAAACUUAAAGACAAAAGUGGAGCGGUACAGAGAGCUGUGGAUUUGACAAAACUUUUGAUUGUGUAAAGCAGAGUGCCAUUUAUGAACCAUCAAACUUGAAAGUCGGCGAUCAAAAGCCUUAAGCCUUACGCCUUGUUCUUUCUGUCUUUCUUAACAACUUUUCGAGCCUUUCAUUGUUCUUUCCCCUCUAUUGAUUUUACUUCGUUUUCAUUUUCUGCCAUCAGGUGACAGUGCAGAACCCAGAAAACCAGGGUUACUUGAUCGCCUACAAAGACUCACAACUCAUUGUCUCCUCUGCCAGGUGAGGAGCAGAUACAGCUUGGAGCUGUUAUUGACUGGACACAGAGACACAUUGAGAAAGUCACUGAUAUAGCAACAGCUCAGUCUGUUCAUUUAUUACAACACAACAAACGUGUGUAGAAUUAAGACGAAUGAUAUUGGGGUUAAUUUGAUGAAUGAAUCAGAUUUUUCCUAACAUGAAAAAAAAAAACAGACCUUAUGGAAACAGAAAACAACACGGUUAGCUCCCUGAUUAGCAUGAAUGUCAGUAUUGGAGCCAGUGGAGAUGACUUAACCGCAGAUUAAGCUUGGAUUAAUGUUCCAGUAUUGCUGGACACGAGUUAGCAGUCUGGGUCCUGUCUAUGGUUAAUCUGUGUUUUUUAAUCCCCUCUCGAUGUUAACGUUCACAUUCACCCUCUUCUCUGAUUCACCGUAUUACCGUUUGUCUGGAAACUGUUCCUCUCAUUAGAUUUUACUAAAUAAUUUCUUGUAUUCUGUUUUUUUUCUCUCCUCAUCAGAGCUCUGCGGUACUGUGAGGACAUGAUCCAGCGGUACAGCAGGGCGUUAAACAACAGCUCUCUGUCGUUGUCCAGCACAGCCCUGCCCCACUGCAGCUUCAGUAAUGUGGGCAAGGCGGUGGAGGACUGCAUGAGGGCCGUCAUAGGAGUGCUGCUCAAUCUCACACAUGAUAAUGGUAUUUUUAUUUAUGGCUUGAUGUUUUCAUGUGAUUCCUUGUUUUUGUUUGGUACUUACUUUGACAUACUGAAGUGAACAACACCAAUGUUAGAGUCAUUUUAAUUCAUUUAGUUAAACAGACUUGAAGUUUAUUGUUUAUUUUUUACUUAAAGGGAUCCCUGUUAGCUGACACCAAGACGACAGCUAGUCUUCCUGGGGUCCAGACAAUAUAUACAAAACACAAUAUUUACAAUCUCCAUUACUCACAAUUCAGUUCAUUCAACUUUAUUUAUAAAGCACAUUUCAUGCACAAGUCAAACUCAGUUAUAUAAAAAUCAAUUAGAAAUCAAUAUGAGUGUAAGUGCAAGUAGACAACUUUAUUGCUUGCACACUUAAACUGCGCCUGCACUCACACGUGGAGACAUGCAUAUGCACACACAUACACACACACACACACACACACACACACACAGUUCAACAGAAAGCUGUAGAAAAAUGGUUUUUAAUCUGUUUUUAAAGACGGUUACUGAUGUGGCAUGUCUAACUGUGUCAGGCAGGGUGUUCCAUUCUUUUCACAAUGUCAAUUAAAAGGGAAAAAAACAACUCUGAAAGUGAAAAAUAAAAACAAUAAAUAAGGAAAAGCAACAUACCUUUUAUGUAUCACAUGACAAAACCUUGUUUAAUCAAUAAUCAAGAUGAUAUUCUGGUGUUGAAGUGUAUCACAAAGGCUCAUGGAGUCUCCUGUAAUAUGUAAUACUUAGUGCUCAGCAGGAAAUUGUAUGAAAAAGUAGCACUGUAGGUCAACAUUGAUGCUCUCUUUGUCUGCAGAAUGGGGGAGCACAAAGACAGGCGAGCAGGAACAACUCAUAGUGACAGCUCUGAAUUGCGUCCUUCGAGUUCCACGCUACAUCCCCCAGGAGCAGCGCUUCGAUGUCAGAGUACUGGUGAGACACACUGGAAUAGAACCAAAGACUAUCAGAUUAGACAUUUAACUAAUGUGCUUUUUCUUUGUUCCCGGCAGUUUAUUGUGUCUUAUUUGUAUAUUUUGUUUUUGCACACCAGGGUCUCGGUUUAUUAAUUAACCUCGUGGAGUACAGCUCCAGAAACCGCCACUGUCUGGUGGACAUGGAGUUCACCGUUGAAGACACCUGUCUGGAAGACAGCCUGAUCCAGCCUGCUGACCCGACACAAGCCGACACAGCAGCAGUGUCAGCACCACCGAGCACAGCGGAGACUCAGGGAGACACCGAUGACAAGCCUAAAUCCACCGGUGCAUUGGCUGCUCUGGUUAAGGUAGGAAUUGAGCCGUAACUCAUUAUUGAAUACUUUUGCUGUUAUUUGGGGAUUUUUUUUGUCAUGGCCGCGGGGUUUUCUUCUCUGAUUUCUUUUGAAGAAACAUUGUGAGCACUCAUGAGGAAAAAUCAAUGCUUUUUCUUUCUCUUCAAAGGAACCCUUUGUGGUUUAUGAACAGGUGAACCGGUGUUCUGCCUGUGUUCUCAGGGCGAUAGCAGAAAGAACCUUUGCUACAGUGAUUAAUAUGGAUGAUGCAGUUUUGCUGAAUCAUCAUUUAAAUUCUCCCUCUGUGCGAGAUACCCUUCCACACAACCCUGAGGUGUAACCCGCUGUGCAUUUUAAGUCAACACAUCAGUCUUGAGUUGCAAAUGAAAGUAAUGGGCAAGUGUAAAUCGAUGCAUAGUCACUUGUGGAUUGGAGUUUGAAGAUAAAACGGUCAUUAUUUAUGUUGUUUUUCAUAAUUAUUAAUACUUUUACCAAAGUCCUUGCCCAACUGGCUCAUUAGUGCAAAGUUUUGUGAAAGCUUAAAAGGAACUUUAGAGAGCAAAUUGGUGAUUAACUUUAAAAUUACCUUUCACUUUCGAUACUUGGAGGCUUCUCCCAGAGUUUCUGGCACACACAGUUCCUCUCUGACCUUGCCGUAAAGAAAUACCUCGGCUAACUGCUUAACUGCUGUUCUCUCAUUCCCUUUGAAUAAUUCAAAUCUCUCGUGUUUGUGUUUUGGAGCUCACAAGUGUUUUUUAUUUCCUCUCUAAAUCCUAGCUGUUCCUGGAGAGGGAGCGUGCCGCCAUCCUGGCUGAGGCGAAGACUGAUGACCUCAUCAGCGAGGCACCCAAGCCGGCACUGGACCAAAGCGGCGAGUGGCAGGAGACGUCGGGAGAGAUCCAGUGGGUGGCAGCUGAAACCAACGACAGCCAAGCUGAGAAUAAAGAGAGCGAGAAGAAGGAGGAGGAGGAUGAAGAGUUGGACCUAAAUAAAGGUAGACGUGUGUGUUUGAAGUUGUGUGUGUGUGUGUGUUUAAAAAGGAGCUGUUUUUAGCUUUGGUUAAAAUCGUACUUGGAACAAAUGAGGGUAAUUUUGCACAUAUGAUUCUCACAUGAAACUCCUCAGGAAAGCAUGAGCAGGUUUUGAAAGCUGGGUUUUUCUGUCAUACAUGGUCUUCAUAAAAAACACUCUUGGUUAAAAGGUCUUAACAGUAUGUGUGCACACUGAGUGAGAGUAGUUAGUUACUUUUGUAGUGAUGGACACAUUAUAAAAGGAUGGUGUUGGGCGGUAUGAACAAAAUCUCGUCACGGUAUGAGUAAUUUCAUAUCACCGUAACGGUAUAUAUCACGGUAUGUUUUUUUUCCCCCCUGCAGAUUCAAUAAUUGCCUAAAAAAAAAAUAACCAUACUGCCGCAUUUGUUCAUUUUUCUUUUAUUUUUAAACUCGGAUUUGUAAACAAAUGCGAACAAAAUGCCAGACUAGUCUGGCGAUUUUUAUCAUGUGGCGUACCUUUGGCGAAAGACUCUGCCAAGCUCUCUUUGUAUGAGAGGAGCUGCUUCAGUUUUUGGUGCAGCAGGUGCGCCACACAUCUUUUGGCUCUCAUAAUAGAGCUUGGUGUGUUUCAUCUUUCGGUGGUGGAAGAGGUUGCAGGUGUUUCCACCUCCAGCAACAACAGCCACUCGACACUCUUUGCAUCGUAUUGUUUUCUGAUUGUUGUCGCAUUUUCUAAAUGUGAAGAAUCUCACAACGGAAACACACCCAAACGGAUGCGCUCCGGCUUUCCUGUUAGCGAGCGCCGACAACUACACACUGACUCAGAGAGAUGCAGCAGACAUCUGCUCUCUCUCUCUCUAAGGUAUAAACGGUAUACCAAAAUUUCUACCGGUAGACACUUUUAUACCGUCACAUGGUGUAUAUACUGUCAUACCACCCAACUCUAUCAACAGACCAUACAUGGUUUUUGAUAACACUUUCAUUUUUUUCUAUUCUACUUUGUAGUUUUUUAUUUUAUGUAAUUAACAAAACAAUUAAUCAGGAAAGUAACUGGCAAAGUCCUUGUAUAAUUCUUGGGCUCUAAUAAAAAAGGAUAAACGCUGAAUGAGGAGGCCCCACCCCUCUUUACUCGUAAGUUACAUCACCUACCUCCACAACCCAGAUGUCAUCGCCAUCUCCAACAGACCCAGGUUCUAUUUAGCGAGCUUCAUGUACUGAUGAUACGAAACACAUUUUUCUUUGUUCUGUACUUUUUGUACUUUUCUUGCAGCGCAGCCUCCAAUAAGCUCGAUACAACAGUGGGGACUUAUUGGCACUAUUAGCGGCUUUCACUGAAUGUUUUAGCCACGGUGCAGCUUGUUGGGUAACUGAGCGGUGAAUUACAGCGACAGAAAAAAUCUCUCUCAGGGGAUUUUAAAUCAGAUUCUGUUCUGCAGCUCAGAGCAGAAGAGUUUGCAACCCUCUCCUCCAGAAGAAGUACUGUUUGUUGAUAUCCUCAAUCUUUUUUUUUUCCCUCUCCCUUCUCCCUUGUGUUUACUGUAGCUCUGCAGCACGCAGGCAAGCAUAUGGAGGACAGUAUUGUUGCCUCCUACACCGCUCUGCUACUGGGCUGCCUCUGCCAGGGCAGCCAGGUGAGAAUAUCAGGCAGACACACAAUAUGAAGGCAGAUCAUUUUUCCACUCAGAGAUACUCACAUUGUUGCUCACACACCUCUCUGUCCGCCUCAGAUAAAUGUGACUACUGUGAGAGAGCAUCUACCUAAAGGGGAUUUCUCCAUCAUGACAGAAAUGCUGAAGAAGUUCUUGAGUUUCAUGAACCUCACGGUGAGUGUCGUCAACGUAAUAAUGAAAGAAAGAAGAUGGAAACACUUGAGUGAUAAUGUAAAUAGCUAAACAGAAGCCCUCUUUUUCAUGUAAUUGAGAGUACAGAUGAGGUUUUUUGUAAAACUCUAAAAAUAUUGAUGAGAUCCAUAGCUCCAGGCAAUCUGAAUUGAAGUAACUCAAAGACCUUUUAAUUGGAUCCUUUGAGCAAAAGCAGUUUUCUAAGGUGUUAAGGUCUGAAUCAAACAAACCGGAUUUUAUGCAGCCAGCAAACCAGAGCAACAUCAGAUAUCCUCUUUUUGUUUCUUGCAUAGUUGGAGGGUUUGCAGCCUUUUGUGCACAGUCAUUUAGCUUCCUUAUGAGUAAACCCUGUAAUUAGAAAGAACUGGAAGCUUUUAUUUCACUUAAUUUCAUUAACAGAGUGCAAAACGCUUAAUUUAGUGAAAUAGAUGGGAAUAUUAAAAUAAGGAGAAGAGGCUGUCUGAGUGUCACUUGUUUGAAAUACCUCUCGACAGCCUCUCAGUUCAGUGCCUCGAGUGGCACAAAGCUGUGACGUAAAACGACUCUGUGAUCAAUAAAUUGUCAUCAAUGAAAGAGCCCUCAGCUGUCAAGUCAAAUAAAAAUGAUGAUCUUAAAAUAUUUCCAGCAUUAAUAUUGAAGUGAAGAAUUACAGUCGCAGAUGUGCAUUUUGGAAAAAAAAGCUUUGAAUAUGACUCAUCUUGUCAGAAGUGAAGCCCGGAACCAUCUGUUCCAUAAAUAUUGUCUUUCCAAAUGAACAGAGGCUCAAAAUCGUUGUUUUUGCCUCACAACAGAAAAAAGGAACAUGUUCGCUCCCUCUCACUCUUCUCUUUCUCUCUCCGCUUUCUCUUCACACAGUGUGCAAUGGGCACCACAGGACAGAAGUCCAUCUCGCGGGUCAUCGACUACCUGGAGCACUGUUAACAGACAGCCGACUCACACUCUGCACAUUAAAGGGAUCCCAGGCUACUCCUAAUGCACAACCCCAAACAGACAGGAACCCCAAGAAGGGGUCAUUGGAGGUUCAACAGCAUUCCCAUUACUCCCACUGAUCCCCCCAAAUGCUGUGAUCACCCUGAAUUCUCACUGACAGAGGCAUCUCUCUCUGGAGCACAGCCUGAACCAAAGCCCGAGUAGCUCACAAACAUGCAGAUUUCUUCAGUUUUAACUCCCGUCACAUUCAGAGUCAGAUCUAGAUUCGUCCUCAGGUAACUGGGAAUCAGGCAGAAGGUCAGCUUAGGUUCAUAAUAAUCUGUAGAAUGUCAAAUAUUAACAUGGGCUGAAAGCUGGUCCUGAAAUCUCCCAAAAGGUCUUGACGGUAAGAGGAAAACGCGACAGCCUCGUCUGUCCCUGGUCGCUCAGCUGGAGAGUGAACACCUCCUGAAUCAGAUUUUAUGGAUCGUCACAUUUUAAUCUCGACUCAUCCGCAUCAAAGCCAAGGGUGAAAUCAUUAAUUAGCAUGAAAAACAAUCAUCUUCAUGGGUGUUAGAAUGAUGUCUCUAUGUGUAAACUUGUGUGAUACGAUUGUGAAUGCUUUCAUCCAUUUUGACUUACACGUUUGCAGUUGGCUUGAAUGUUUUAAGGGAAAGAGAGCAUUUUUAAGCUUUUUGAUUUCAUGUCCUCACCGUUGCCCGUUCAUUAUGUAAAAUUCACCUCGAUAAGUUGUAUAGGCGCUCUUUCAUGUUUUAAAACCCUUUUAUUUCCUCGAGGGCAUUUUUUUUUUUCUUCGUCUUAAUCAUGACAAACUUUUAAAGAAACCAGGACAUGACAUGCGGAUUAGAAUUAGUGGUCUUUUAUUUGACUCAAGAGAAUUUGUAAAUUAUUGUGAAUCAUAGAUUUCCUUUCCAGUCAUUUUCCAUUUGAUCAUAUUUUAGCUGAGAUCUUCUAAACUUCAAUUAUCCACCAGUAUGAAAUGAGAGCAACACUCAUAAAAGUACAACAAAUGUGAUGAAUUACCACAAAAUAAUGGUGUGCUUCCUUUUGAAUUUGUAUUGAAGUUGAUUUUUUAAAAAAUGUAUUUAAUUUAAGUCUUUCUUAUGUUUUGAGAACAUUAAGUUUUUACCCAGUUCUUCUUUGUUUCUUUUAAUUAUAUCCCAUGUGAUUACGCUCAGUCGCUGGACUUAGUAAGUUUAUGUGAAAGAAUUGGCGAAACUUUUACGUCAUUGUAGACUCAUGCAAAUUUUCACCCAAAUAUGCUGCAUUGAUGAAACGUAUAGUGAUAUUGGAGUUACCUGAUACUCCCUUUAUGUCCAGCUAACUGUAGCGUCAUGGUUUCCUUCUUAACUGUAUCAUGAUGUGUCUCUGUAUAGGACUUCACAUUUUAAGCUCCCAUUUAUUUAUUCUUUUUAGUGUCAUUUUUACCUGUAACAAUGCCUCCGCCUUGUACUGCUCACACGUACGAUCACUGAUUUGAAUGACAGCCAUAACUGUUUUAAGCAGAUUAGUUUUGAUCUGGUUUGUAGGGCUGCAGUGGACAAGACUGCAACUGUGUUUACUGUUAAUUACUUUGCAAAAUUUCUGCUCUGAAUGGUAUUUUAGACUGUAAAUACUCCUGUACAUAGCCGUCAAUGGAAAAUGCUUAGACUACUUUUUUCCCUGGAGCUGAUAUUUUUAUUUUAUACAAUAUUUCUGAGUUGUCAUUUGAUGAAAUUGCAGGAAGAGUGAAAAAAAAAAACAGUUUGUACCCAUUUCAAGGACACUGUCUUUGGUUACAUGUAAAUAGUUGUAUCUGAAAAAGACAAAAAAGUUGCUACUUUGAGUACACUCCCUAUGCGUUUUCUUUUUUGAACCAAAGGGGGGGGGAUGUCUUUUUUAUUUACACACUUGUAAGUUGAAUUUUUUUAUGCAUUCAGAGCUCUGGGAGGUAAACACUUUCCCAUACUGAA